CAUUAACCAGGUCCCUGUCCUGAUCGAUCCGUUACGACAAUAGGUACGGAUACAUCCUACCACGACACUCUGCCCCCCUUCUCCAGGCGCCCCCCUUCCUUCCAUUCUUUCUUCCUUUCUUCCAUCCCCCCGGUCUCACUAAAAGGAUCGUCUCCGUGGUUGACAUUUUUACAAUACCUGCCGAACCCCGUCCGCCUGUCCCUGCGCUCCGCCUGCUGCGUCACAGCUUCUUUCCCUUCUUCCCCCCUUCGUCCCCUUGCUCUUUCCCACAACGAAACACAAUUCGAGAGCCAAGGACCCCGACCUUACACCUCCCACCAGAUCAGGUCGAGACUUCUUCCAUACAUAUUCAAACGCUCCCUCCGCUGCAACAACAAAAACGCAAGCCACCCGUGCUUUCUUUUCCCUUCCCACCCUUUUCCUUGCAACUGUCAACGGCGACGCAAUUGCAACUUCUCCGAUUCUGAGUGGGAGAACAAAUACCCAUCAUCAAGAAAGACAGACACCUACUCCAGUCCGAUUGGGCAUCCUUUCCCUCUUCAUCUCCCUCAAGUCGCUCCGACAGCACCAUCUUUUGACCUUCAUCACCCACACUCUCCUUUUCCGUCAACGGUUUCGGUUCGAUCACGCAUAUCCGAUCCAUACUCAUCAUCCUUGGACAGGACAGAACGAGUACUUGGCACCCAUCUGGAUCCCACGACACUCCUCGACGCAUCCUUGGUGGGCUGUGCCGCCUUCGACAAAGAACCUAUCGAGUUGUUUUUCUUGCGCCACGUCAGAUCCUAGAGUCGUGACGACACCGGGAGCUCUCUAUAUAUAUCGAGCGCCAUCAAUCUAGCCCUUCGGGCACGAUUUCAAAAAAAAAAAAAAACUCACCUCCCAAUUAUCCGUACCAAACACGUCCACGACCCCAUCGGCGUCAUUGCCACGGCUUAGGUCGAGCUCCAUCUUGACGGUCAUUUCGACGGCGAGUACGAGCAACAUACUGGUCUGUGAUCGGUCGCUCCCGGAUUUCAUUUCGACAUCCGCACCAGGUUUGCGCAGUCCUUAUAAACUCAAAGUCGCCUUCGUCUGACGCGGAAUAUCGUCUGAAGGAAUUUAACAAGCUGGCUAUCCACGCAGGGAUUCCGAACAUUGCUAGCGAUUUUCUUCGCCGUAAUAUGAGGUCGCCAGCUCCGGGCGAGGUAAUGGACAUUGGCAACUUGAUGAAUCAAAGAGGUGCCGCUAUGCAACAACACGCUUCCAUCCACACCGGAUCGACUCCCGAACGCCAGAUGCAUCAACUCCCUCAACUCACUGCGAGAAACAUGCCCGAACCGCCAAUGGAUCGCGCAGGCUCUCCUCACGGCUCCGAGCACUCCCAAUUCUCUCGUCACACCAUGGACGGCGUCCCGCGUUCCUACCCUUCCCCCAGCGCCAUGGUCGGCGCUCCGAUGCAGAUGCAGGUGCCUGUCUCCCACAUGGGACCCGGCCCUGUGAUCCUGCCCGGUAUCCCCCAGCACGACAUGUCCCAAGGCAUGCCUCAGUACAAGGCCCCCGAGCAGCAGGUAUCUCAGCAGCCCACGAAGGCCUACCCGUGCAGCACUUGCGGCAAGGGCUUUGCUCGUCGCAGUGACCUGGCCCGUCAUGAACGUAUCCAUAGCGGCAUCCGCCCGCACGUCUGCGACUUCCCAAACUGUGGAAAGCAAUUCAUCCAGCGAUCCGCCCUCACCGUUCACCAGCGAGUUCACACAGGAGAGAAACCGCACAUGUGCGAACGCUGCGGCAAGCCUUUCAGUGACAGUAGUUCUCUGGCGCGCCACCGCCGAAUUCACUCCGGCAAGCGUCCCUACAAGUGCCCCUACGCCGACUGCCAGAAGACCUUCACCCGUCGCACUACCUUGACGAGACAUCAAAACCACCACACCGGCACUGUUGAGGAGGCUGCUGCCGCGACCGCUGCCGCCCUCGCCGCUCGCGGUGCCACCAUGAAGCCAAACGCGACGCGUUCCGACGGCGAUGCCAUGUCGAACCGUGGCUCCCCGCUGACGACGCCUUCUCCUGGUCAGAGAACCCUCUCCAUGUCUCCCAGUGCAGACAGCAUGCACCGCGCCAACUCGGAGUUCCAAUACAUGGGCAACAGCUCGCUUCCCGUUCACCUUCAGCGAGACAUGCACGUUGGCAGCCCUGCGUCGACAUCCUCGGGCGGUUAUAAUACCGGCAUGAGGCCCACCUCGCACCCUACCAGCUACGGACCGCCCCCGACGCUGGAGCCGAGUGUCGAGCAACAUUCUGGCCCUGGGAGCGCUGGCGGCAGUCCCCACAUGAGCAACGUCGGCUGGCAGUCUCCUUCGCAUGUCGCCUCUCCUUCCCAUAGCAGCAACGGUGGCGGCUACACCUACCCUGACCCCGACGGGUACCCCGCUGCUCCCUCACUGGGUGGCCAAAUGUUUUACGGCAACCCUGGACAGGUUCGUCGUCCCCAGAGCACUGAGCCCCCUGCUGGCGCUUAUGACAUUAAGGGUCGUCAGAGCGAGCUGUGGGCAGGAGCCCACUAGGAUGAGCAACUGCACCAACAGUGCUGAAAGCACCCCCCUCUGUACACCAACAUCGGGCCUCCAAGGCAGCUUACGACUCGGCACUUUUCCUUGGCGUGUUCAAAUACUCUCUUCUUUUUCUCUGAUACGAAAAGUUCUCGCAUGGCAAGGUUGGGGGACGGUAAAUACAUACACCUUUAAUACUGCGGGCUGCACUAGGACAGGGUCAGGAAGAUACCAAAAGGGGUAGGGCAGCCAUCUGGUUCGGUUUUACACACAAACGCUUUUUCCUUUGUUUUCAUAGACCGGCGGGAAGCACACUUCAUGAUGACUGGGUCUCCAUGGGCAUUGGCUGGAGGCAAAAAGGUUGGGAGGAGUUUCCAGACAGGAAACGAACGCUCUCGAGCAGCACGCCGAUGGUUUGGCGGAGACUCACUCGAGGAAGGAAUCUGGUUUCUUUUUUUUUUUACGGUUCUUGUAUGCAACCCUGUAAGGCACUAGACAAUGAAUGCUCGUAGCUCCUA